AUCAGGACCCGUAUUUCCGCUCUGGUUGUAGUUCCGUCUCAUAACAGCAGCCGUCAGUCUACUGCUAACUCCGUUAGCCUCCGUUAGCUCCCAGUUAGCUCCCACUUUCACCGCCUGGAGUCCGCUCGGUAACUCUACGAUGACGCCGCGGAGAGGACCCGCUAGCUGCUAGCUGCCAGCUAACUCCGCUGCUCCAUUACAGCUUAAUUAGCAUUAGCCGCUAAUUUAGCGACAUCUUUCUAUGUGCUAAUAGUGCUAACCGGCUAGCCGCUGCGUCUCCGAGUCCGAGUGUUUAUUUAUUUGUUUGUUUGUUUGUUACAAGAAAACACGGAGGAGGAGCCGUUAGCAUGGACACACAGCUGCGGGGCAAAUAACAGUGUCGUCUGUGUGAAGAAGUUGAGUCCAUCAGCUCUCAUCAGCUGACCUGAGGUCAGCGGUUACCUUCACUCUGAGGGCUCGUGCCAGCAGCCAUGCUCACCUAGAACCAGCUGUUUGUUUGUGCAGUGUGAGCUGAAUAAACCAGAGACAGAAAUCAUGUCUGACAACCAGGCCAACAACAACAACGUCCCUCUGAACAACAACAACAACAACAACAUGGGACCCAACAGGAUCCGAAACCCCAACAUCAACCAGAACCCUCUGAUCAAUGUCCGGGACCGCCUCUUCCACGCCCUCUUUUUCAAAAUGGCUGUCACAUACGCCCGGCUGUUUCCCCCGUCCUUCAGGAGAGUCUUUGAGUUCUUCGUCCUGCUCAAAGCGCUCUUCGUCCUCUUCAUCCUCGCCUACAUCCACAUCGCCUUCUCUCGGUCGCCCAUCAACUGUCUGGAGGCGGUGAGGGAGCGCUGGCCUCGUGACGGCAUCCUGCGGGUGGAGAUCCAGAGGAACUCCAGCCGAGCCCCUGUCUUCCUGCAGUACUACGACUCCACGGGCCUUCAGGAGGAGCUGGAGGCUGAGGAGGCGGGAGCAGGAGGAGUGGCGGGGCUCAGCCUGGCAGCGCUGCAGGAGGAAGAGGAGGAUGAGGAGGAGAUGACCCUGGAGAUGUUUGACAACAGCUCAGUGCAGUUUGAGCUGGACAUCGAGCCUCGUCUGAAGCCGUCUCUGAUUGGAGGAGGUGUUGGCGGAGGUGGAGGAGCAGGGGGAGGAGGAGGAGUGAACGACAGCCAGGAUGUCUCCUUCAGCCAGACCACUAAAGGUAUGCAGCCACUGCAGGACUCAGUGUCUGAGCUGGAGAUGAUGACCAGAGCAGUGUGGCCUCAGGAGGAGUACAUCGUGGAGUAUUCUCUGGAGUACGGCUUCCUGCGUCUGUCUCAGAGCACCAGACAGAGACUCAACAUCCCCGUCAUGGUCGUCACUCUGGAUCCGAUGAAGGACGAGUGUUUUGGUGACGGCUUCAGUCGUUUUCUGUUGGACGAGUUUUUGGGCUACGACGACAUCCUGAUGUCCAGCGUGAAGGCGCUCGCUGAGAACGAGGAGAACAAAGGGUUCCUGAGGAACGUGGUUUCUGGAGAACAUUACCGCUUCGUCAGUAUGUGGAUGGCCAGAACCUCGUACCUGGCCGCCUUCGUCAUCAUGGUCAUAUUCACUCUGUCAGUGUCCAUGCUGCUCAGAUAUUCUCACCACCAGAUCUUCGUCUUCAUCGUGGAUCUUCUUCAGAUGUUGGAGAUGAACAUGACCAUUGCCUUCCCAGCAGCCCCUCUGCUCACCGUCAUCCUGGCUCUCGUUGGCAUGGAGGCCAUCAUGUCGGAGUUCUUCAACGACACGACGACGGCCUUUUACAUCAUCCUCAUCGUCUGGUUGGCCGAUCAGUACGACGCCAUCUGCUGCCACACCAACACCAGCAAGCGCCACUGGUUGAGAUUCUUCUAUCUUUAUCACUUUGCCUUCUACGCCUAUCACUACCGCUUCAACGGUCAGUACAGCAGCCUGGCCCUGGUCACCUCCUGGCUCUUCAUCCAGCACUCCAUGAUCUACUUCUUCCACCACUACGAGCUUCCUGCCAUCCUGCAGCAGAUUCGGAUCCAGGAGAUGCUGCUGCAGAACCAGCAGGCGGGUCAGAACAACCAGACGGCCCUGCAGGACAACCUGAACAACAACAACAGUGGUGCUGCAGCUGCUGCUGCUGCAGGAGGACCAGGACCUGACAACACCUCCUCCCAGCCUGGACCUCAACCUGAUCCACACUCCUCCUCCUCCACAGCACCAGCAGGAGCAGCAGCAGCAGCAGCAGCAGCAGCAGGAGGGGACGUGAGGUCGGAGCUGAACUGGGUUGCUCAGACAGCCGCCAUCAUCACUGAAGCUCUGUCCUCCUCCAGCCAGCACUCCUCCCCCCAUGCUGCUGACGGAGGAGGGGCCUCUGGAGGUCAGGGGUCAGCAGGAGCAGCAGAGGUCAGUGUGGUGGCUGAGUUCUGGAUGGCAGGAGGAGGUGCAGCAGCGGCAGCAGGAGGAGGUGGAGGAGGAGAAGGAGGAGGAGAAAUGGAUCCAAAUGUUGUUUCAGUUGAAAUUAAAACCACAGCAGGAGGAGCUGAUCCUCCAUCCGGCACUCCAAUCAGAGGGCUGCAGGUGGUGGAGGCGGGGCCCUCAGAGGAGGUGAGGCUCUCAGAGGAGGUGGGGCCCUCAGAGGAGGUGGGGCCCUUAGAGGAGGUGGGGCCCUCAGAGGAGGUGGGGCCCUCGGAGCCGACCCCCCCACAUACAGACUGCCCCCCCUCACAGAGUCCAGGUAGAGACUGGGACAGCAGACAGAGCCCGUCCUGAGAGUCCAGAUGUAGUCCUGACAGGUGCCUCAGUCCGUCAGCUGAUCAGGGUGAUUGAUUAGUGACCGAUCAGGAGCCGAUCACUGACCCAACAGUAGAAUCCUCCAUCUGAACCAGUCAAACACACGUUUUUAUUUCUUAUUGAAACAAAUAUUUGAUUGAUUGACUGACUGGUGAGUUCAGAGUGUCCCAGCCUGAGGGUCGGGGCCCCACAGGAGGUCACAUGAUUCAUCUGUGGGGUCACAUGAUUAAAGUGAUUUAUUACUUUGAGAAAAAUGAAAAACAAACCGGUCGUGGGGACAGAAACCCAGAGUGAUUAAAAAUCUUCUGUCACAAAUAUGAAAAAACCUUCUGUCACAAAUAAAAAAGAUAACUAAUCAACUAUUUAAAGGCCGUCUGUGUUGAAACAUCCAUUCAGCAGAAAGUGACGUGUGUUGCCACAGUUAGCUGUGAACAUUAGCAUUAGCUGAGCUGAGUUUGUUUAUCACAGCUCAGAAUAUCCUGCCGUGAACACCACGUCGGUUCAGAUCUGAAAGUCACACAAUAACACAAACAUACAGCCACUCUGGUGUUCUGUCGGCUAAAAUUCACGUUUUUGUCAAUGGAGUCUGGUGGCCCUGAAGAGAGAAUAGAUAACGGCUUCAGCUCCUGUCAGAGAGAUCCGUCUGACAGCAAGGUAAAGAGGAGAAAAUGUUAUAAAUAUAACAUACAUUUAAACUGAUAUUAAUUUUUUUUUUCCUAUUCAUCUGCAGCCCGUCCACAGCAGAACAUACGACUCUCUUCGAAGCCACCAGACUCCUUUGACAGAAAUGGUCAUUUUAGGAGCUGUUAGUGAGUUUGUGUUGUGUAACUUUGUGUCUCUGAUCUGAACUAAAGUGGCGUCCACAGCAGGACAAUCUGCACUCUGCUUCUCCAAACAGGAAACGCACCGACACGCCAUCUGGAGAUAUAUGUAGCAACACAAACCUACAGUCAUGGAAAAAAUGAUUAGACCACCCUUGUUUUCUCUAAUAUCUAUUAUAUUAUAAUUAUAACAACUAAAGGUACAUUUGUUUGGACAAAUAUAAUGUUAACAACAAAAAUAGCUGAUAAGAGUUUAAUUUAAGAGCUGAUAUCUAGACAUUUUCCAUGGUUUUCUUGAUCAUGAUUUUGGUUAUUAUCAAGAAAACAAUGGAAACAAAUGUACUUUUAGUUGUACCAGGCAUUAAAUGAACAAUAAACUGAAGAAAACAAGGUGAUCUAAUCAUUUUUUCCAUGACUGUACAUCAGGUCAUGUGGGGGAAAGUUUCACAAGGGCUUGUUGGGAAAAUAACAUUUUAAUGCUGAAACAUAUUGGACCAAAUAUUUGGAUUCCUUAAGACGACUGGGAAGAUACAGAGUGAUAUAAAAACUUUUAAAGAAUAAAUAAAUAAAAAGCUGUGCUUUAAAUGUUCUGCCAAUUCACUGAUUGAUUAAUUAAUGAGUAAUAGUUUCAGCUGCAGAUAAAAUAAUUCCAAAUAAAGAGGCCUCCAGUUUCUAUAAAAAUCAAUAAUUGAGAGGAUCUUCAGUUUGUUGAAAUCUUUUCUUUAUUAAAUCUUCGUGUUGAGACUCAAACCAGCAGUGAAUGUAUCCGCCUGAUGUCUCUUCUUCUGUACACCAAAACAUCCCCAGCCUUCCUGUCUCCAACAGGAACCAGUGAGACAGACACGAUCAGUUAUUGAUCAGCCCUGAUUCUGACAGACUGAAGCACAAAACUGUGUUGAUUUUUAUUUUUUUGUUUCCAUCUGCUUUUAUUUUGAAGAAAAAGACUCUUUGAGCGCAGAAAGUGGUUUUGGAGCGUCGGACUGAUGGGUCAGGACUUCCUGUCAGAAUGGAUGCCUUAUCAAUAAUCAAUAAUCCUCAGACUGUCUGUGGACGCUUCAGAGACGUCGGCAGUGAAGCGAGAUGAUUGGUUGUGCAAUAUGACGUCACGCCUCAGGCCCCGCCUCCCGCCAGAGGGCGUGGCCUGUCACUGUGAUGCGUUCAGGGGACCGAAGGCAGAAAUGUCUGCCGGUGCGUUCAGGUGCUCCUCAUCAGCUGGUUAAUGUCGCCGUUGACUCUCAUCGUGUCACCUCAAAGGGUUUAUUACAUUUCAGUAAAAACGUUCAUAAAGUGACGGAGCAGAGCGAACAAACCUGCACACAGAACAUAAAAUUAUAUAUAUUAUAAAUAUACUUAUAUAUAUAUAUAUAUUAACCAUAAUAUAUUAUAAUUUAACAUGUUAUUAUUUGUACAGUGAUCUAUAUUGUUGUACAGUAACACAUCCAACAGAAGUUUCAGAAAAUAAAGUUGAUAUUUUAGAAAUGCGUGAGAUUGAUCAGAUAUGAUUGAGUAUUGAUCUAUUAUCUGAUGAGUCACAUGACCUGUAACCCCAGAGGAGUCACCUGAACGCACCGUGAACCAGGUGAUCAGCAGUGAGCUGUUUGUUGUUGUUUGUUUGUUUUUUUCAGAUGUCUGUGUGUGUUGUGAGGGGGCGGAGCCUGAAGUGUGACAUCACAGACAUAUGGCCAGGUUUAUUUUUUUCUUCGUGCCUCUCUGCUGGAUGACUGUAGCCUCAUUAGUUGAUCUGAAGCCUGAAACUCAUCUAACUGUAUUUAACUGUAAAACCAGUAAAACCAGUGCACACCAUCA